AUGACUAUUGACGUUGGUUCUGGAACAUAACCUCAAGGAUCAAUCGCUCCAACUUCAUGGAGAGAUUUACCUGUUGAUCACAGUCUUCAUUUAAAGACACUAAUCAUAAUUGCUAUUGGAAUUGUUUACUGGACAUUCAUGUACUAUGUGGGUUGUUACCAUCAUCCUAUUCCAAAAUAUUUCAAGUCUAAGAUGAGCGUAUAGGAUCAUUUUGUCUGGAGAUUCAGAGUAAUCAACAGCUAUCAUGGAGCUACUACUUGCAUUUUGGCUAUCAUUUGGUAUAUUACCUAAUUCACCACUGAAUGCUCAAAGAAAAACUCAGACUUAGAGUUAAUAAUGUUGUCGCAUACCUUUGGCUAUUUGCUAUUGGACUGGGUCUUUAUGUGGCACAAAGGAUUCCUUGACAAUGGAAAUCUUCUUCAUCAUUUCAUGGGAGUCGGCGUAUUCGUUUUUAGUGCUUAUCUCUAGCAUAAUUUUGCUUUCCAUGCAAUGUAAUUACUCCCAGGUGAGUUUUCCAACGUUGCAAUGCACGGAAGAGAAAUCAUCAAAAGAAUGGGAUUAAGAUACUCUAAAAUCUAUUAUCUCAACGACUAUACCUACUAUAUUGAAUACCUUGUUUGCAGAAUUUUCUGGAUUCCAACGAUUUACUAUUUCAUAUAUAGCUGCUAGACUGCUAACCCAGCUCAACUUAUUUUCUUCCCCUUCCAUAUUUUGAUGAACUGGUAUUAUUGCUCAAACAUCCCACCUCUAAUGGGGCAAAGAUAUAGAGAGAUCAAGAAGAUAUAAAAGAUAGGAAUGAAACUAGAAUGGUUUGUACCUCUAGACAGCGAAGAACUUAAGAAAAAUGGUAUUGUUAGUUAUGAAAGAUACCACACAUGA